UAUACAGGUAAAUGAGCGUCACCAGUGCGAUGACAACUCCCAGAAGGUAUUGUCCACAGGUAGAGAUGCACAUGCAAAUGACUGACGCGAACUAAAAGGCUUUAUGGCCCAAGGACCGCAAUUACUACGCUGCAAAGUCUUUAUUGCGUGUGGACAAUAUUAACUAAACCGGAGUCCGAGUCCAGAUGGACCAGUUAUCGAUCCGAUCAGGAGCUGUCAGUAAUGACAACACGGACGAGACGACCUCCGUCGUGGACGAAAGGUGGAGCGACGAUGCAGACGAGAGCUCUGAUUCACAAGGACAAUGUCUUGCGAGCCCCCAGACCCCUAUGCCAACCUACAAACAAAGGUUUGAGGAGUUUAAAAAGAUUUUCAAGGAGCUACCAGAGACAGAGACACUCAUUGUAGACUACCCGUGUGCUCUCCAGCGGGACAUCUUCCUCCAGGGCCGCCUGUAUCUCUCAGAAACCUACCUUUGUUUCUACAGCAAUGUCUUUCGAGGCACAAAGAUUACGCUGAUUCUGAAAGACAUAAUGACAAUGACAAGAGAGAAAACAGCUCGACUGAUUCCCAAUGCAAUACAGGUUUGCACAAGCACAGAAAAGUUCUUCUUCACAUCCUUCUCAGCCAGGGAAAAAAGCUAUUUGGGAGUUUUCAGGUUGUGGCAAAAUGCAUUAAUGGACAAGACAUUGACAAGCUUGGAGUUGUGGCAGAUGGUUAAACAGCACUAUGGGUAUGACCUGGGUAUGAGCCAUGAGGAGAUGGAGAGUUUACAGUUAUCGGCAGAAUCAAGCAUGCAGACCAGUUUGACUUCAAGGUCUGGUGGAGAUGACGGCCUUAGUCGUUUAGAGCGCACUCCUUCUCUUCGGCUUCCUGGGAUUGAACAAGGGCCACUAGAGGCAUCAACACCACAAGCAGAGGAACAGCCUUCUCCUGCAGGAUCUCAAACCUCCAACUCUCUUAAUGUGGACGACAUUCGCAACACCCCAUCUCAGAACCGUAGGCCUGUGCCAUUGCUGGACCGUGGUGCCCCUGAACGUGUUUCCAAACGCUCUUCUCUUUCUCUCGACCUCAAUGCAAAUGAGAAUGGCAUUUCUGAGCAGAGUGGUUCCGAGAGUGUUGAAGAAGUGGAGGACAGAAUGGGAUUGUCACAGGUGGCUGGCCGUCUUUAUCUGAACAAGGUUUUCCACAUCAGUGCCAACAAAAUGUUUGAAAUGCUCUUCACAGAUUCCAGCUUCAUCCGCAGGUUUAUGGAUGUCAGGAAGAUAACAAACCCCAGCUUUAACCCCUGGCAAAUGGACGCAUCAGGAAACAAGAAAAGAAGUUUAAAUUACACCAUAACCAUCAGUAACCCACUCAUUGGGAAGUUCUCCACCGCCACAGAAAACCAGACACUGUACAAAGAGUCCAGAGAGGGCCAGUAUUAUCUAGUGGACUCUGAAGUUUACACUCACGAUGUUCCAUAUCAUGAUUAUUUCUACACCCAAAACCGCUACUACAUCAUCAGCAACUCCAAAAGGAAAUGUCGACUUAGGGUUUACACUGAUGUCAAAUAUAAAAAGCAGCCAUGGGGUUUGAUCAAGUCCUUUAUCACUAAAAACUCCUGGAGCGGCAUUGAAGAUUAUUUCCGACAGCUUGAAGCAGAGUUGCUUGAGGAGGAAGCAGAGCUCAACCAGGGAAGUGGAGAUGCAGGAAAGGGUGGACUGCGCAGGAGGCGGCGAACAUACAGUCGGUCGAAUUCAGAGCACCUUAAACCCAGCAACCAGUAUGGGCAAAAUGCAGAGCCAUGCAGGGAUGGCAUCAUAGGCCCUAUAGAAACAAUACGUCCCCAAAGAUGGAACGUCAACACAAUAAUUGUUGCCAUGAGCCUGAUUUUGCUAAUUUUGACAUUGCUGAAUCUGGGCUUGUUUUUUAAGCUCUGGGCAAUGGAGGAUAUUGCCCAUCGAAUGUAUCUGAGCACAAAGCACAGACUGAGGGAGAGAGGCCAGUCCAGCAUGGCACAUGAAUUUGGUGCUCCACAAGGACCUGGAUCUCCAAUCGGGGACCACCUUCACAUAUUAAAGUCUGUACUUCAGGAUUCAAUCAACCUACUUGAACAGCUGCGUAAAUCCUUGAUGUUGCUGCAGCAGAGUUUUGCUUCAGAUAACCAAACGGCAACGGUGAAAUGAAUGGACCACGCCUAGUGACCAAAGCACAUGCUUUGUGAAAGAAAAGCCAUUGUGGUGGAGUACCUGUGAGGAGACCUGGUAUCCAGUGUCAUUGUCAUGUGACUGUCCCCAGACAAUGCCUUGUGUUACCAGGACGGGCAUGUCUCGAACUCUCUGCGGAGCAUCAGGUGUUUUUAAGGCGUCAGAGGGUUGUACAGCCAGUGGCGUAGGGUUUCUGAAGGCUGCUAAUAUCAGCCAUUAGGCCAGUUGUGUUUAUUAUCUGUGGCACUGACUGGAUAUUUUUACACCUCAUGUUCUUUUGUUUUUGAGAUUGUAAAUGUAUAUUUUAAAACUUUACGAGGCAUCCCUAAAAUGUAGUAAACUGGUAUUGCUUUUGUGAAUGAUGGCAACUUUGCACAUUAGAUUUUUUUUUUUAAAUGUUUAACAUCUUUUAUAACACUCAAUGUUGAUAUGUGGGGGGAGGGGGGUCUCUACAUUUUAUGUGGCAUAAAUAAAUUAUUGUCUUAAUGUUUUUAAUACCAUGAAAAUGUGCUUUUAUGUCUUGUUUAGCUGCCAAAAAGCUUGGGAAAUGUUAAAUUAAUGGGAAAAACACUACAUUUUCCAAAUGUAUUUUGUCACUUAAUAUUGAAGACCAUGUUUACUAUAUUAGCACAAUGAUGAAUUAAAGUUUGAUAUAGUGGGUUACUGGC